AUGUUGGUGCCUUGCAAUGCCACAGCGGAGCCAGCCCGCAAUCUGCUGCGAUUGAUGAAGGCAUCAGGACACGCUGUUCCGGCCUCGCCAUUCUUGAAGAGCGGCGUGGAGGAAGUCAACUCCACCGUCUGCGACUUGUGGGAGAAGAAUGGGUCCAAGGUCCUGUCCUCUCUCAACGACGCCUCCUUACCGACGAAUUCGAUAAUCGACGCAGAGCGCACCAAGGCCUCCGGGACCUUCCCUUCCUCGGGGCCGUCUGCCAAUGGCAAUCUGUUGCUGAUCCUAAACAAGCUCGCAAAAAUCAGUGCCACGCAGAGCGAGGCCGAGGAGAUGUACCCCCCACAAUCGCUGCUCUGCUUUUCGACGUCUGCGACGAACUCGCCGUCCACCUCCUACACGACGACGUCCUCGACCACCCUUGAUGACGGAGAGAGAUGGCAGCUCGGUGACGGGUUGUUGUCUAAUCCUCCUCUCAAAGUGGAAACCCCGAGCUACGCGAGAUCGAAUUCGAAGAGGAGAGCCGAGAAAUCACGAAACGUUGGCGGAAGAAGGAUGGAAAGCUGA